GGUCGUUAAUCUCUCAGCUGUUGUUAUCGGGUUUCACUUCUGAUGAGAUUUCUGGAUUGUGCUGUUACAAUGAUAACUUUGAGUUUUACUUUAACUAUUAUAUUUUUGGCAAAACCAUCGCACAGCGUUUCGUGCGACACCAAAUGCCCGGAAGAAAAGGAAGCAGUUUGCGGCUUUGACGCGCUCGGGAAGGCCUACAAAAUGUUCCCCGGCAAGUGUGCAAUGCAACGGUAUAUUGCUUGCGAAAAAGUUGAACUGGUUACUACUCCGAUAAUGUAUUGUAUCAAGAAUGAACGUAGGAUGAGCCAACGCAGGCAUUACAUGGACCAAUCUUGUCCAAUAUUCUGUCCGCAACAUUAUCGGCCUGUGUGCGGCAUGUCCAAGAUGCGGGCUUAUGAAUAUAGGUCCUUCAGUAAUGGCUGCAUGUUGGACAUGAUAAACUGCCGAGGACACGACGAGUAUGCUGGUUACAUGGAAGUCCCGUUAUCUUUUUGUCCAAGGCACAUGAACAUGAACAUUUUCAAAGACAUGAUUAUAGCCAAUUAAAUA